GAUUAAUACAUAUUUACUGUACACCAUUACUUUACAUGAAGAUUUCUUAAGGGAUAGUGGAACGGAGGGCUCGUAAUAUCGUAUUUCAGUGCUUUUUAUCAACCCCACCACCCCCUUCACGCUCACAAAGUAAUUGCAAAACAAGCUAUAAAAGUUUUUAAAAGUUGCGUACAUUCUUACUUGGACAAAUUUUACUCUCUGUCUCUGCAAGCAUUUAAUCGGUUUUAUUCAGACCCCCUGCCAGGUAUGCAGAUUUUAUUAAUUUACUGUGGGUGAAAAGUAAAUAGUAUUAUACAUAAUUCAUAUUUCGUGGAAUUUUGUAAUCAUUUGUUUGUUCUUGUAAGUUCCAUUAUUAUUUGAUAAUUGUGUGGUCGGGCUGUGAUGUCUAUACAAAUAAUUGUUCUCGAUUAUAUGGUUUAUUUUUAUUUUUUUAGAAGGAAAGAAAACUCUAUGUUUCUGUGUAGAAAAUAUGUUUACGCGUUCACAAAAACUGUUCAAGCGAAUUUAUUACAAAUUCGAACUAUGACCUUAUACGGUAUUGAAUUACCUGGUGUUAUUUUCCAAAUACAGAAAAAAUCGAACGCUGUUUCGAAUUCGAAGUUUUCAGAGAAUCUUAUAAAUAAAAAGAUUGAUAUAAUCAUACCGAAAAACUGUAAUAAUGUCCAUCACAAGUUGUUACGAUUACACAACGUAGAAAGAAGACAUAAAGCAGAACAGACAUGCGCAAAAGGAUAUUACAAAGAUGGUGAAACUUUUCACAGAACCAUAGCAUACCUAUCUUCACAUGAUAGACCUUCGAUAGAUUUAGACCGUUUCACUUGCAUCUCGUUUCAUUGGAAAGAUGGAAAGCUUUUAAAAACUUUUGACAGUGGUAAAGAUGCUGUAAACGAGGAAGAAUAUGAACUUAAUUUUCUCGAAUCAUCACAUCCCGUGUUUGCGUCUGAAGAAUUUCGACCUGUUUAUCACAGUUUUGAUCAAACCAUGACAGCCCUUCGUAACAUGUCUAUGCUAGAUGGUGUUAAAACUCUAAAUGACACAGUCCCUGAAGUUUUAUCACAAAAUCUGAGUGCGCAUAACACGGAGCUGAAUAAUCCAUUUAUUGUUGUGGAAGGUUUAGAUGGAACAGGGAAAUCCACCAUAACGAAGAAUCUAUGCACACGUUUGAAUGCUGUCAAAAUGGCAACGCCUCCUGAUUCGAUACGUCAUAUACGAAAAAAGUUUGACCAUCUACCAGAGUUGUGUCGCCGGGCUUAUUAUUCGUUUAGUAAUUACAUGGCAGCCAAGGAUGUACUUGACGUCAUACGAACUAGACCUGUUGUUAUGGACAGAUAUUGGCACAGCACAACAGCAUAUGCGAUUGCAAAAGAGGUAGCGGUAGGAAUAGAACACCAUCUUCCCGAUGAAGAAGAUUCGUUAUAUGCGUGGCCAGAAGACUUACUCCGUCCGUCAGCCGUUUUGUUUCUUACGACGCCGGAGAAACAUCGUGAUGGGAGGGUAAAUGAGAGAGAUGAUGUGACGACAGAAGAAAGGGAGAUUAGCGAAAGUGAACGCUUUAGGAUGAGAAUAAUGGAAGUAUACCGAAAAAUUGGAUACACUAAAUGGGUUGAGGUGGACACAAGUGGAACUCAAGAAGAGAGUUUGGAAAAAGCAAUUAAAGGCCUUGGAGACGUCGGAGUGGAGCUAUAGCUACACAAUUUUGUACACAAACAGAAGAUUACGCCAAAGGUUUUGUCCAUUCUUCUGUCAAGAAUACGCAGUUAACAACCUUUGCGUUCAUGUUAUUCUGUUUUAAAUGUGUUAUUUAAAAAUGACCUAGCUACUUUAUCAACUAUGUACAACUGUUUGACACAGGUAGUUAUUAGUUUCAUUUUGCAAAUUUUACACUCGAACUUUUUCAGACGCUUUACAAAAAUAUCCGCCAUCCAAAAAGGCGUUAUCAGGUUCAAUAGGGCGGAUUAUUUUUUUGCAACCCUAAUUCUGCUCGUAUGCUUUCUGCAGUAUUUUCAGAAUUUUGAAUUCUGUUAAAAUAUCUGUCUGAAAAAAAACUGAGAACAUGAAGAAAAACAACAUUUGUGUGAUAAUCUUUUUUAUAUACAUGUGAAAAUGUAUAACACUUUUAUUUUUACGCAGAAAAGAUUAGUAGUUUACUAUUGUGAAGUUGGAUCUUCUUCACUUAAAUAAAACAUUUGAUGGAAUGGAUACUUGUGAUGCUGAUUACUUUCAUUGCUUUUCGAAAAUCAAGUACAUAAAUUCUAACAUUUUGUUCCUUUUCUUUUCUGGGGUGAAAAAUGCGUUGUUACAGAUGAUCUGGAAAUGUACUUUUUUUCCUUCCACUAAAAAAAUAAUUUAAGUGAAAAUCUGACUUGAUUUAUAAAUUUUUAGCUGGUUAGAUUUUUUAACAUGUUAACAAAAGCUUUUUUUAUGAUUUUUAUGUAAAGAUAACAAAAGAUAUACAAUUUA